AUGUCUGCAGCAGGAGAAGGCCCGCUCUUUAGCACCGAUCUCAUAUCCCCUGAAGUGCUCAAGGCACUACCAGAGGGCUACAACUGCCGACCUCUCGAGCGAAAGGACUACGCAAACGGGUUUCUGGAUGUACUACGUGUACUUACUACUCAAUGGAACAAGCGUUAUGACUGGAUGUCCGCCCGCAACGACGAAUACUUCCUCCUUUGCAUCACCGACUCGUCCAACGCUAUUGUCGGUACCGGCGCCCUUAUCGUCGAGCGCAAAUUCAUCCACCAACUCGGUCUCGUCGGACACAUUGAGGACAUUGCGGUCGCAAAGGACCAGCAGGGCAAGAAGCUCGGACUGAGAAUCAUCCAAGCGCUGGAUUUCGUCGCGGAGAAGGUUGGGUGCUACAAGACUAUUCUGGAUUGCUCAGAGGCGAACGAAGGGUUCUAUGUCAAGUGUGGGUUCAAGAGGGCAGGGCUCGAGAUGGCGCAUUACUAUGGCAGGUGA